AUGCAGUUAUAGGAGAAGUACGAGCAUAUAUAGAGACUUGAGAAAGCAGACAAUAUCAUUUUACAAAAGAAGCAGGCUGAACUCGAAAGAAUUCAGGAAUAAAAUAUCCUUGUAAAACAGCAAAAUGAAAGUUUCAGAACAUAAUAUGAGCAAGUCUAUGCUAUAAAUUACAACCUCAAAUAAAAGUAGGAAUAAGAUGAAAGAUUAAUCAUAGAGUAAUCAGAGGAAUUAAAUAGGCUUAGAUAGUAGAAUGCCUAUUUAUAGCAAGAGAAGUCAUAGUAAGAUUAGCAGAUUAGAGAAAAAGAGGCUGUGGCUAAUAGUACUUAAAUGAGACAACAGGCUUAGAUUGCUGAACUUCAAAUGCAGAUUAAGGAUAUAUAGAGAUUGUCAGAAUCUUAAUAUAUGGAAUAAGAAAGAAGCUCUGCUUAAAAGCUUAGUGGAUAUAUGGGUAUCAAGGAUAGAAUGGAUUAGCUCUAGUAUGAUUAUGAUUCACUAAAUGAGAAAUAUCAGCAAGAAGUAAGACAGAGAGAAUUACUCUAGAAGGAGAAGGAAUUGCUAAUGAAUGAUGAUUAAAGGCUUUAAAAAGAGAUUCAGAACUUAAAAUUAUUAAAGGAACAAGAUGAUGCUGAAUAUUUGAGACUUAUGACAGACUUAGAAGGCUAGAUUGAUCUUUAAAAUAAAACAAUCGUAUAAUCUUAAAAAGAAACCUAGUAAAAGUAAGUCAUCAUUGAAUAGAAAAAUAAAGAAAUCGAAGAGCUGAAAAGACAAUCGUCUGAACAAGAGAGAGCCAUGAUCACAUAGGAGGGCCAGCUCUAUAAGGAAAGUAACACCAAGAUGGAGAGACAGAAAUUGCAAUAUGAGACUUAGAUUAAGCUAUUAGAGAAUCUAAAUCAGGAAAAUAUCAGAAGAGAGUAGUUGAAAAAUGUGAAUGAGCUGAAAGCAAAGGAUGAAGAGAUUGCAAGAUUGCAAAGGAGAAUAGACAUGUAUCAGAUUGAUCAAAGUGAUAAAAUGAGAUAUGAAAUCGAAAACUUGAGAAUUGAGCUAAGUAAGCAAAGAUAUGAAAAUGCAAAACUAGAGAAGUAGCUAAAUGAAAGGCAAAAGACAUAGUUAACUCAACCAAAGAUUUAAAGCAAUUAAACAGAAGUUAUAGCGACAAGAACAAAUAUUAGACAAUAAGCUUGA